AUGGCUUCGACAGCAAUCCCAAAGACGAUGAAGGCACUGACUAUUCACGGCAAAACUGCUCGUUUGGUCCUAAAUCGCGCCGUGCCGUCUCCGCGACCUGACCAGCUACUCGUCAAAGUCCACUCCGUAGCCCUCAACCCUACAGAUUGGAAAGGCGUGUCCCGCGGCGCAGCCAAAGAAGACUCCCUCCUGGGCUGCGACUACGCCGGCACCGUGGUCAGCGUCGGCAAUGCCGUCACCAAGAAGUUCUCCCCUGGCGACCGCAUCGCCGGCGUUGCCCACGGCAACAACUACAGCGAUAUCACUGAUGGUGCCUUUGCCGAGUACAUCACCGUGAAAGGCGACGUGCAGUUCCAUAUCCCGGAGUCUUUGUCCUUUGAGUCAGCCUCCACGCUUGCUCUCGGCCUCACGACUGUCGACCAAGGCCUGUUCCAAAAAGCCCUGAAGCUCAAUCUUCCCACCAACCCAACCAAGAACCACGAGUUCGUCCUGAUCUACGGCGGCUCCUCCGCCACCGGCAGCCUAGGCAUCCAAUUCGCCAAAGCGGCCGGCUACCGCGUCAUCACGACGUGCUCGCCGCGAAACUUCGACUUCGUGAAGUCUCUAGGCGUGGACAAGGCAUUCGACUAUAACUCACCGACUUGCGCCAAGGACAUCAACGUAUACACAGACAACAAGCUCAAGUACGCGUGGGACACCAUCUCGCUGCCCUCGUCGCAGAAGAUCGUGGCGAAAGCGCUCUCCUCUGAUGGUGAGGGUGCGAGGUCUGGCACGAUCCUCCCGGAGAAGCUGCCUAGGGAUGAUGUCACGUCUACGAGUACGUUUAUGUACACGAUCUUUGGCGAUGCGUUUGUGAAGGGUGGGAAGGAGUUUCCUGCUAGCAAGGAGGAUCAUGAGUCUGCGAAGACGUUGUUGGGGAUUGCUGAGGGGAUGUUGAAGGAUGGGACGCUGAAGCCGCACCCGGAGAAGGUUGGGAAGGGUGGAUUGAAGGGUGUGUUGCAGGGGUUGUUGGAUCUGAAGAAUGAUAAGGUUAGUGGGGCGAAGUUGGUGUAUAGGGUUGGAGAGACGCCGGGGGAGGAGGCGGAGCAGAGCUUUGCGUAG